UUGUUACGAAUGUAUUUUGAAAAUGUUAAUAUCAAUGUAUUAAUAAGAUGAAUGCUGAAAGUAAAAUCAAUGUUCACUAUUCUUCUUUGGUUGGUUUAAAGGCCGAAUUACUUCGUAAACAAUCAGAAGUCGAAGCAGCGAAAAAAGGAUUCGAAAAUAUUAAAUUGAUUAGUAAAGCGAAAAUUAAAGAUAAAGCAUCGAAUGAAAAGCGGAAAGCCAGGAAAUUUGAAGAUAAUGAAGAAACGGAAGAAGCAGAAGAUAGCGAAGAUGCAAAAACUUUGCAGAAAUCGAAGCUCAUGCUGCAAGCAAAGUCGAGAUUGUAUGACACAUUGUCCAAAACUCAUACAAACUUGAAUCCAAAUUUUCUCGUGGAUUUUCAAAACAAAUCAGAUGAUACAAACUAUUUGGAGACGGAACGUAAAACGUUGGAUAAUGAUUGCAAAAGUGAUUAUGAUUCCGAUGGUGAAUGGGUGGAGUAUACUGAUUGUUUUGGACGUACAAGAAAAUGCUUACCCGAAGAUUUGCCAAAAAUGCAAGAAAAGGAUGAUUUUAUAAGGAAAAAGAUUAACGAUAAGCCACAGGAAGAAACGGGACGAUCAAUGUACAUAGACGAUAAAUUACCGAAUAAAGAGCCGGAGCUAGAAAUGAUGAGAAAGAAAUGGGAAGAGCAAACUGAAAAAUUAUCUAACAAAGUUAAUAUUCAUUACGAAGAUGUUCUUUUCGACGAAGCGAGGACACACGGUGUGGGAUAUUAUGCUUUCUCACAAGAUGAAGAGGAGAGAGCGAAGCAGCAAGAAAAUUUAUCAAAAUUAAGAAAGGAAACCGAGGAAAAGCAGCAGGAAAACCAAGAGAUUCGUAAUAUAAAAGAUAAGCUACAACAAAAUAGAUUAAGGGCUGCACGAUUGAGACAAAGGAUGAGACUAGGGUUGUCCGAUAAAGAAGCAGAAGAAGAAAUUCUUUUAAAGAAAUCUGAACAGAAUAAAAUAGAAAAUAUUGAGAUCAAUAUCGAAAAUGAAAAUCAGAACGAACAAAGUAACGAAAUUAGUAAUUGUGUGCAAAACAAUGAAAUCAAUAGUGGUGUGCAAACUAAUGAGAUUAGUAGUUGUAAUCAGAGUAACGAAACGCAUAAUAACGAACAAAAGAUGAAACAAGAAAUUGCCAAAAGUAAUCUCGCUGAUAUUGAAAACAAAAUUGAAGCAUUUGGACAAUUAUUGGGUAAAAGAAAUCGUUGGUAUGUUAUGUCACAGGAGGAAUGGGUUCAUAAGAAAAGAAAAGAAAGAACAAAAGAAUUUGGACCGAUAUAUAAUAAUUUUGAAAGUAAAAAAUCUCCCGAUUUAACCGAAGGAGCAAAUCAGACAAGUGACUUUGCAGAUUCAAAAAAUUCAAACGAUACAUUGGAUAACGAAUCGUCUACUGUUGAGUCAAUACCUCCACACGUAGGUGAUUUUUGUGUCGAUCGAGUAUCACUGGUUAAGGAUGAUACACCUAGUGUAGAGCCAAUAUUUCAGCAAUCAACUAUUACCAAGGAAACUAGUUCUCAAAGUCCCAAAGAUACAAAAGUUUAUGAAAACAUUGCGUGUCAAGUUGAAGCUGGAUUAAAGUACUUAAGACAUCAAUUUGAGAAGAAGCGCAGCUGAUAUAUUAUAAAAAUUAUAUAUAAAUGUGUAUUUAUAAAUUUAUAAAUGUAUUUGAUUCGA